GUGGUGAGCGAGCGUAGUCGGCGCGCUCCUCCCGUCGUGGUAGGACCUGGAGUGGUACAAUGACGUCACUCGUCUUCCUGGUGUUACCCACCGUGUUAGCCACAGUAGCGGCCUCGUGUCAACCCAUCGCCGUCGACCUCUGCCACGGGACGGGGUACAACUACACCGGCACCCCCAACCUGGUAGGCCACGAGACGCAAGCCGACGCAGAGUUCACCCUCCAGACAUUCUCACCACUGGUGCAGUACGGAUGUUCCGGACAACUCAGUUUUUUCUUGUGUUCCGUGUAUGUUCCAAUGUGCAACGAGAAGGUCCCCGUGCCCAUCGGUCCGUGCAGAGGGUUGUGUGAGGCGGUCAAGGCGAGAUGUUACCCGGUUCUUCAAGGAUUCGGAUUUCCCUGGCCCGCGGCUCUGGACUGCUCUAGGUUCCCUGAGAGGAACGACCACGAACACAUGUGCAUGGAGGGUCCAGGAGAGACUGAUAUAGGGAUAUCUGCAGCUAUUCCUCGUAAUCUUCCACCACCCUUUCCUCCGGAUCCUGACCAAGCUCCGUGUGCACACUACGCCCGUCCCGGGAUGUACGUCCGCUCCAACCGCUCUCGGAGAUGUCUUCAGUUGUGCAGAGGAGACGUGUUGUUUAGUCCAGCGGACAAAUCCUCCGCAGAGUGUUGGAUCACCGUCAUGUCUUCAUUGUGUUUUGUGACUUCUCUGUUCGCGGUCCUCACGUUCCUGGGAGACCCUGGGUCCCGCAACUCCCGCUGGCCCUACCCUGACCGGCCGCUGCCCUUCCUCGCCCUCUGCUACAACAUGGUCAGUAUCGGGUGGGGCCUGAGGGCUGUCCUGGGCCGCGAGGAGGUGUCCUGCUACCCUGACCCCAGAGGUCACUCGUCGCAACUGCUCCUCGCUCAGCAAGGGCUGGGAAACGCUCAUUGCGCUCUCGUCUUCUUCCUCAUCUUCUUCUUUGGGAACGCUAUUGCUGUUUGGUGGAUCAUGUUGAUGACGUGCUGGUUCUUGUCUCUAGGUCUAGGAUGGACACAUGAUCGUAUACUGCCUCACGCUCCUCUACUACACCUCCUCAGCUGGGGUGUUCCUGCUUGUCUUACCAUCGCCGUCCUGAUCCUUAGAUACGUCGACGCUGAAGAGCUAACAGGUAUAUGUUCUGUGGGUAAUCAUAACCCAGAGUCCCUCCUACUGUUGGUGAUUGCCCCGAGCUUCACCUGCCUCGUGCUGGGGGCCUCCAUGCUGCUACUCACCCUCAUGUCUCGACAGGGCGGUUGGUCAUCUCAUCGUACACUACUCGCCACCCUCUACAUCCUCCCCUCCGCAGCCACUGUUGCCAGUCACCUCUACCAGUACUGCCAACACGACGACUGGGUGCUCGCUCUCCCCCCCUCCCCUACUCCUCGGACACAGCCGCACGCUAACCUCUACGUGUUCCUUCUACGAUCUAUCUUGUCUCUCUCGGUCGGCACUGUUCUAUCGAUCUGGCUGUGUUUGCCCAAGUCAGUGACCACUUUGAAAACCGUGUUCUGUCCGGAGACUCACAAAAAGCCAGCUAUAACACCGGCCAGCCACGGUUUUUAUUAUUACCAACAGCCUGUGAAAGUACAGAGGUGUCAUAGGAAACACAAAGGGAAAAAUGGGGGCGAAACUUUAGUUUGAAAUAGUCAAUAUUUUGUAUUAUAUUGUUUAUAAGACUGAUAUUGUAAAAAGUGUAUAAUUUAUAUUUUUCUAGCUGGGUAAGUUUUACAAUUAAUUGGUUUCAUGACACAGCAUUGAUGGUGAUAGAUGAAAAUGUUAGUAUACAUGUGGCAAAUUGGUAAGGUUGGAGGCUAACAAAAAACUCAUACAGUAUGUGAAUGUUGAUCAUACAUAUUUUAAAUGUGAUUUGAGCAUUUCCUACAGGUUGUUCGUGUUUAUGGGCAGUACAAAUAGUGUUGACCUGAUCAGACAAAAUUUGCUCUAAAAACACAUUUAGGUAUGGUUACUGGGUAGAAAAAGUAGGAUAUAGAACAAUAAACAUCAAAAUAAUUGUUUCAAAAGGUAGUUUUAAAGGUAGCUUCUACCAUUGGCUAUUGGAUACUGAUAAAUACAUCACAUCUAGCAUAUUUGGAUGAGCUGUUGACAAUGUUUUAAAAAAGAACAUAGUUGUGUGAGCCAGCCACAGAAUAGGCUAGUGUGUAAAAUUCUACUGUCCACCUUAUUUUGUGUUGCUGACGAAGGUGAGGGUUCAUAUCAGUAGCUAUAGCUCACAAUAAGUUAUCAAUUAUCAAUUCAUCGAGACAGGGACGCGACCUAUGUGCGCAUUUUCACCCCAAAAUGAGUGAAGGAUAAGUGUAGAAUGGUAGGAUAUGAUCUGUGUAGCUUUGCUACUGACUAAGGUCUUUUUAAUCAGUCAGAAUCAUUCAUUUAAAGCCAAAUGAUCAGGAACCGCUGGGUCCAGAUUCAGAUCAUCAAAAAGCUACUGACUUCUCAGUAGCUAUUUGAUAGUUAGAAAUUAAUUCCAUUAGUUCGACUUGGUAAAAAGGUUUGUGUAGUCACCAGAAAUUCUGUUGGUGGCUCACAUCAGCUAUGGUGAUUUUGAUCAAAGAACUGGGAAAAAGUUAGGCUGUUAAACCUAGGUAUUUUUUCCAAGAUACUGUUUAAAAAUGUCUAAUUCAAUUUCCGUAAUCAAUAAUAGGCCUACUAAAAACUACUAUUCCACACACAUAAUGUAUUACAUGUAUCCUGAUUUUUUUAAAAUUGUUCUUGAUAUCUUCAUUUAUUGAUAACUGUUUUGAGGUACUAUUACAAAAUACAAAGAGUAACAUUAUUUUUAAUUUUGUUCAAUAAAUAAUAAUUAACUAAUUUUAAUUUUAAAUCUUAUUAUAUAAACAUUAUUUUUAUUUAUUUUACAAUAGCACUGGAGUAUGUAUGUUGUUUGAGUUUUGUGUUCCUCUCUUUUAAUAUCAAAAUCAAAUAAGUACCAUAUCUAGAGAAAAACUGAUUACUCAACUAAAUUGUUAACAACAAAAUAAAAAGCUUUUAACAAAAUAAAUAGUUUAAAAAAAUUGCAAGUCAUAUAUUUGAGUUGAUUAAUAACUAUAAAUACCUGUAAAUAUUUAAGUUAUGUUAAAUGUAAUUUAAUUUCAAUGCGAGAUU